AUGGCCUACUACAAACAAUUACUGCUGCUGGGAGCGAUGCUGGCGUUAGCAGCAGCGCAAGAUUUAGCGGAAACGAGUACCAAAUCCGUCGAAGAAGGUCGCCGAAGGAGACGGUUCUACAAAUAUCUCUUCAAAGCACUGGGUCCAAUAAUGUCCACCCUCACGACGGUGGUCCUAGUGAAGGCGAAAAUUGUGCUGGUGGCCCUUUUUUUUGCUGGAAUCUACUUCUUUGGGCACAAAAUAUUUCCGGGUGGCUUUUUCGGUUCGUCCAUCAUUAGCGAAACGCCACCGCCGUUCUUCGAGUCCGGUCCGUACACCGAUUAUCACGCGACGGGACACGAAAUCAUCUCAAGCUAUCCCGGACCGGAACCGUACUCGAGCUACGAUUCGUCUCCGCCUUCUAACAGUUAUCUGCCGCCUUCGAACAGCUACUUACCACCCCCAUCCGGUAGCUCAUCUUCCUAUUCUAAGUACAGCUCUGGAACGCGUCGUAAGCGUGACGUAACAGAUGGACAGGAGCAAGGACACGAUGGCUACACAAACGACGACGAACUAGGGGAGAAUGAGAUGUAUUGGACAGACACCUUAACUGAUAUGACGUUUCGGUUCCUUGGAGUAAACCGACGCGUGUGUCGUAAGCGGUUCGUUUGCGAAUUCGAUUUCCAGGCCAGACGGAACCCGAUCCUUUUAUUCAUCACGCGCGCAAUAGGCCGAGACGUUUUCCACAAUUAUCGUGACGCAAGCGAUGAGAAGGCGGCCAACUACAAGGACUGUGGGCGCAUUUACGAGGAGUGUAAGGUUCCGAAAAGGAAGAAGUUCACCCGUCAGCCUUUCCGUCCGCUACGGUUAGCUCCUGUCUCAAGCUCCCAGGAAAACCCAACGUUGGCUGCAGCGAGCUAUGACACGCAGGAAAAUGAAAUUGACACACUGGCGCGAACGGUGGACACUGCAACGGUUCCCACCGAUAGCGGAACCCGAGGAAAGUUGAUUCUGCAACCGAUACGUCCCAACCGCUUUCGAAGAAAUUAA